CCUGUAUGAUCCUCAGCAGCCAACUUGCAGAAUUCCCUCGAUCUAUUUUUAGCUGUGUGAAGUUGUCAUAGUGGCGGUGGCUGGUGCGGGGGAGCGGCUGGGGCAACAUGGGGCUGGGGGAGGGGGCGGGGGAUGGCGGUCAGUGUUGUGGUGGCUGGGGUGCAUCACAACCCCAUAGAGAAGGGAGGAAGAAGGUACAACCCCCAGCGAGGGAGGGCCAGGCGGCGGUGCGGCGGCCUGUGUGCUGCCUCGCGCCCUCACCCUGCCACGGAUCAAUCCCUGAGACGCGACUACAGACGAGACAAGGCGCCCCGCCACCUCCGCCGCCGCCCGCUCACUGGCGCUGUCAUCGCAGCUUCGAUCCUCUCCUCCCGCGCCCACACAGCUUCCGAUUCCACUCUCGCGGCGAUGCUUCUGCGCACGAGUGGCGACCAGAUCCUGUUGGUAAGAUGGCCGGGUAAGCAGGCUGGCGGCGAGUCACGGGAGCCGUGAGGGCAGCGGGGGCCCGGGCGCUGGCGGGCCCUCCCCCGGGGGCGGCCUCCCCGGAGCCAGCGGCCCACCUCCGCCCUCAGCGGCUGCUGG